AUGGCGCAGCUCAUCCUCGACCUAUUCUACUCGAUAGGAAACUGCCUGAAUUGUUUCCCGGGAUCGCCAACCCUCAAGAUCAAUUCGCGCAGUUUCAAGAUUCUGCGACUUCUAGGCGAGGGCGGCUUCUCCUACGUAUACCUAGUGGAAGACACGACGACGCACCAGCUUUUCGCGCUGAAGAAGAUCCGAUGCCCGUUCGGCGCCGAGUCGGUGCAGCAGGCCAUGCGUGAGGUGGACGCGUACCGUCUCUUCGACCACAUCCCAACCAUCAUCUCGGCCGUGGACCACAGCGUCGCGACCGAGAGGGGUGGCGACGAGGCCACCAAGACGGUAUACGUCCUGCUGCCCUACUACCGACGGGGCAACCUCCAGGACAUGAUAAACGCAAACCUAGUAAACCACGACAGGUUCCCCGAGCGCAGGCUCAUGGUGCUUUUCUUGGGCGUGUGUAAGGCCCUCAGGGCUAUGCACGAGUAUAAGCCCCCGGUGGAGCGAAUGGAGACAGGCCGCGAAGAUGACGAUCCCGGCGCUGGCGCUGGCGCUGGUGGCCGCGCCGGUGCCGGUGCCUCCGGCGCCUCGUCUAGGGGCGAGAGGAGGGCAGAUGAUGAGGAUGAGGGGGAGCAAGGGAGACCUCUCAUGGAAGGGGAGAAUCACGUCAACCAGGGUCGCUCCAAGGUUCGAUCGUACGCGCACCGUGAUAUCAAGCCUGGCAACAUUAUGAUUGACGAUUCUGGCACCACCCCUAUCCUCAUGGACCUCGGGUCCGUGGCCCCCUCCCCCAUCCCCGUCACUUCGCAGUCCAUGGCCCUCCAGAUCCAGGACACGGCAGCUGAGCACUCGACCAUGCCCUACCGCGCCCCGGAACUCUUCGACGUGCGCACAGGCGCCGUGAUCGACACAAAGACGGACAUCUGGUCCAUGGGGUGCACCCUGUACGCCUGCCUCGUCGGCAAGUCCCCCUUCGAGAUGAGGUCUGACGAGACCGGUGGCACCCUGAGCCUGUGCGUCCUGGGCGGUGACUGGAGGUUCCCCGACGAGGGCCCCCAGGGCGUCAGGCGCACGGGCAGCAUGCGCCACCAAGGCCAGCAGGCCGCCGCCGCCGCCGCCGCCCCCCUUGCUACCAUCAGUGAGCCUAUCCGCGACGUCGUCAGGGCUUGUCUCAAGGUCGAGCCAGCUGAGAGGCCUGACAUCAACCAGCUUAUUGCUUCGGUCGAGGCCGUCAUCGAGCAGCUCCCCGAGGACGGGGAGUAA